CGUUUUCCUUCCCUUCCUAACUGCCAGCCCAACCAGAUACGGGCCGAUGCUCGCACCGGCCAUGACUUCCUCGCCGAACGCUUAGGCCAAUCUGGACCUGAGUAUAUGGCUGAGGCACUCGAUGCGGACAUUCUAAGUACAUUUGCUUCGCUCGUCCGAUGCGCUCAUGCACAUCAUAAACUGGCUUCACAUGGGGCUUGUCUUUCGGUGCGUGGAGCGUAGAGUUCGCAGAGCCCUGGAUAAGAUCGAGCGGGAUAAAGCCGACUCUGUUUUGAGAUCGGGAAAGACUAGAGAAGCGUGGAUGGCUAUGAAAGCGACCGCAAAGCACAUGCAUGCACAUCUUUUAAGAAUUACUAUCACACUCAGGCCUUGGAUAACGACCAGGAAUUGGAGUGUAAUAACGGCCCAGUGGACCAGUCCCAAUGUAGGACGAUGCCCCAAACGGUGCACCGGUUACUGGAUUAGACUGUUCUGCUCUCGCGUGUGCCAAACGGCUGGUUGGAGAGCACAUCGUCAACAAGGCCAUGAUUUUGGCACAGCGACGGAAAGGCGCUAACACCAUGCUGUACUUACUUCCAUUCUCGACUGAUCAUAUUUUCCCCGAAUCAGACGGCGUGUCCGGACCGAUGGGCGAACACGAUUCCGACAAUGUGCUCUCGAGGAUCUUAUGUUGGAUUAGCAAGCAGGAACUCCGUCGUAUCCUGCCGGCGGAGCUCGAUACCCCUUUAUGUCGGGAUGGACUAUAUAUAUUGAAUACGGUCCGUCGAGCACC